UGCUGGUGACGGUGAGUGGCUUUUGCGGGGUGAGCUAGACGAGUAUCGCAUGGUCGAGCCACCUGGUUGCACCGACAAUGUGUUGCUCCUACAAGAGCAGCGGCAUCCGCGUUUCGCCAAAGAACGACUUCGAGUAUCGACUUAUGUUUUGCUAAGGUCGAGGAGAGCGUAACCAGUCAUGUCGAACCCCGCGCUUCCCGUGGGUCUGGACGUCACCGCGCAGGUGGCGCAUCGGCCAAAUCAGCCGAGUCAUUCAACCAUCAACCCAGACUCGGGACUAGGGCUAAGGUUCCACCAUCUAUCAUCUAUAAUACGUAUUAACGGGCCCUACCUCCUCCUCUCACCUCCACCCAAUCCAACUUCACAUCAUAAGUCAAUCAAUCCAUCAAAAAUCAACCUUUUGAAAAAGAGAAACAUCCAAAAUGCCUCAAAUAAUCCCCUACUCCAUCCCCCCGACCCCCCUGAUCCCCAACUCCCACAAACCCCUCCUCCUCUACAAGAACUGCUUCCUCGACCCGGCCACCGGCACCGUCAACGCCCAACUCGCCUACGAUACCUUCCGCCAGAACCACUGGACCCCGCGCUGGAUCACCACCUACGGCCACGCCCAGCGCUCCCACUACCACCCACACACCCACGAGGCCAUGGUCGUUCUGUCGGGACCCGGCCGCAUCCGCUGGGGCACCGCCGACCUGGCCGACGAUCCAGCCAAGCAUACCUACGGCGUGGCGGGCACGGACUUCGAGGAAGGCAGUGUCUUUGUGGACGUCGAGGCGGGAGAUCUCUUUGUCAUCCCGGCGGGCGUGGCGCAUAAAUCUUAUGAUGUUGCUACCGCGAACGAAGAACCCGUGGCGUGGACGGGGAGUGGGGCGCAGAGGAUCGAGGCGGCGGAUGAGAGGGCGUUUGUGGGGGAGUUGCAGGCCACCGGGAAAGUGAAGGGGUUCACUAUGAUGGGGGCGUAUCCCGGGGAGGCGACCUGGUCGUGGGCGGAGGGAGGGGAGCAUGUGGGACGGUUUGAGGAGGUUUGGGGGGUGGAGAAUGCGGUGCUGGAUCCGGUGUUUGGGCGGGAGGGGGGGAUUCAUGUUUACUGGGGGAAGGGGAAGGGGAAGGGAAAGGAGAAGGGGGUAAAAGCGGCGCUUUGA